AUGAGUAUUUUUGAAGGAAAAGAAAGGAAAGGAUCUUUAUCCAUAGAGUCUUCUACCCGUGAUGUGAGAAACGACCACACUGAAAAAGUUGAUCAAGAUGCUCUCAGACACAACUUUAAUUUUGAUAAGGAGUUCGAGGACUUAGAAAUUGAAGCCGCUCAAGUUAACGAACAUCCCACGUUUGUAGAUAGAAUUUUGUCUCUUGAAUACAAACUCUAUUUUCAGAAUAAGAACCAUAUGGUAUGGCUUUUGGGUGCUUUUGCUGCUGCUGCUGGCUUACUAUCUGGCUUAGAUCAAUCCAUCAUUUCUGGUGCUUCGAUUGGGAUGAACCGUGCCUUGAAUCUAUCUGAACGUGAAGCUUCCUUGGUCUCUUCCCUUAUGCCCUUGGGAGCCAUGGCCGGCUCGAUAAUCAUGACUCCACUUAACGAAUACUUUGGUAGAAAGUCCUCGUUGAUAAUCUCUUGUAUUUGGUACACAAUUGGAUCUGCUUUGUGUGCUGGCGCCAGGGACCACCACAUGAUGUAUGCUGGAAGAUUUAUUCUUGGGGUGGGUGUUGGCAUUGAAGGUGGAUGUGUGGGCAUCUACAUUUCCGAGUCUGUGCCAGCCAAUGUUCGUGGUAGCAUUGUCUCUAUGUAUCAGUUUAACAUUGCCUUGGGUGAAGUCUUGGGCUAUGCUGUCGCGGCAAUGUUCUACUCUGUCACUGGCGGAUGGAGAUUCAUGGUUGGCUCCUCGUUGGUAUUUUCUACUAUCUUGUUUGCAGGUUUAUUCUUUUUGCCCGAGUCUCCCCGUUGGUUGGUACACAAGGGCAGAAAUGGCAUGGCAUACGAUGUCUGGAAGAGGUUGAGAGACAUUGAUGACGAAAGCGCCAAGUUGGAGUUCUUGGAAAUGAGGCAAGCUGCACACCAAGAGAGAGAAAGACGGUCGCAAGAGUCUUUCUUCUCCAGCUGUGGGGAGUUGUUCGUAAUCCCCCGGAACAGAAGAGCUCUCACUUACUCGGUUGUCAUGAUUACUUUGGGUCAAUUGACUGGCGUGAACGCUGUCAUGUACUACAUGUCAACAUUGAUGGGAGCGAUCGGUUUCAAUGAGAAGGAUUCUGUAUUCAUGUCUCUUGUGGGCGGUGGCUCUUUGCUCAUUGGUACGAUUCCAGCGAUUUUGUGGAUGGAUCGUUUUGGAAGAAGGGUGUGGGGCUACAAUUUGGUUGGGUUCUUUAUUGGUUUGGUGCUUGUGGGUGUCGGCUACCGCUUUGAUCCGGUCACGCAGAAACAAGCAUCUGAAGGAGUCUACUUGACAGGACUCAUCAUUUACUUUUUGUUCUUCGGGUCCUAUUCCACGUUGACGUGGGUCAUUCCUUCUGAGUCGUUUGAUUUGAGGACAAGAUCUUUGGGUAUGACCAUCUGUUCCACCUUCCUUUACUUGUGGUCCUUUACUGUCACCUACAAUUUCACCAAGAUGUCUGCUGCAUUCACAUACACGGGGUUGACACUCGGAUUCUACGGAGGCAUUGCAUUCCUUGGCUUGAUCUACCAGGUUUGUUUCAUGCCCGAGACGAAGGACAAGACCUUGGAAGAGAUCGACGAUAUAUUCAAUCGUUCUGCCUUUUCCCUUGCCCGCGAGAACAUUUCUAACUUGAAGAAGGGCAUUUGGUAG